UUAUACAUAAUCAUUUAUUACUAUAGCUUACAUAUGACUGUUGGUUAUAACAGAAAGAAACACAAUGUUGAUAACUGCUCCUUGCAAAAGAAUGAUAUUGUAUGAUUUACGAGUCAUGGAAGCAUUGCAAGACGCUUUGGAAUCGAAAAUGAAUCAAUAAAUGACGGCUGAAAAACUACAAUUAUGAACACAAAUUAUACCGGAAAGUGUAGAUGAGCAACUUUCCAGGAAGUCCAGUCAACAUUUUUUCCGGCUUUACUCUAUUUUCGAUUAUAAACGUUAAGCACUUACACGAAUAUAUCAAUAAACGUUUGAUAAACUGCAUGUAAUGUUACUGUAGUAUGCCGGUGCAGUUUAAAGGAAAAAAUGGAUACUUUAAAAACACAAGAAUUAUCUUCUUUGCCGUGUUUUUUCCAAUCUUCUUUACAAGUAUCGUCGAAGGUAUUGUCCAAGUUGAUAUAUCUAAUAUCUCUACCAUCCAAGGCUCUCCAACAGAUAUCUCCAAAAGACACUACAAUGUGACAUUGCGAUGGCAUACAACAAUUUCACCCAGAAAUACCACCAUUGUACCAACAUUCAAGAUUCUCGUCACUUAUUAUCAAAGUGUUGUCAAAAACAUAACGAAACUUGUCAUUGAUUCUGUUAGCAAUAACAGUUUUAUGUAUGUAUUGAAAAAUGUGAGAGCAGGGAGGAAUUACGUUCUUAACCUGAAAGUUUACAUUAAAUCAUCGUUUCACAAGGAGCUCAAUACUACUUUUGACGUCAUCAGAAUCUUUGAUAAAAAUUUAUUUUUGGUUAGUGGUAGUAAAGGAUAUUUAAACAUAGAUUGGUCAGUCGUCGAAGAAGCUCGUCAUUCAUCUUUGCCUAUUUAUUAUAAUGUCAGUCUCUGCUCUUCAAGAAAUUAUCCACGUGCUUGUAAAAACGUCUACACUGUUUGCCUAGCACGUUACCAAUAUCGCAAUCAUUCAGCCAAAGGAGAGGUUACACUACUGGAGAAAAACUGGCAUGAAUUUCGCGAUAAUGAUUUCUUAAACGUCCGUAAGCCUCUCAAGAUAUCGUGGGAUAGUAAGAGAUAUCAGUUUAGAUGCGCCAUCUAUCUGGACGUUUGUAGACCUUGGCGCAGUAAUUUCCCUUAUGUUCAGUACGUUGCUGACUAUGGCGAAGGUCAACGGAUAAUUCGGUCUAAAGGAAUACGAUUGCACAGUGGUUUUUCGUUUGAGAGGCCACAACUUUUCGAUGUUACUAUUCUAAGUCAAGAUGAAGAUGAUAUCAAAGUACAAUUGCACUGGCGGCUGGCUAAAACUUGCUUAGAAUCGGUCGCUACUACGAUCAUUGUACAACUAUUGAAAAAUUCUGUUUCCACGGAAGUGAAAAAAUACGGCUUUUUGAACUUCCCACCCUAUGGCGAGGAAGACUUUGUGGAGGAUACGCUCAUUUUCUCAAAACUUGAACCAUUUUCAAGAUACACAAUACAGUUUACAUCUGAAAGUAAUUUAAAGAAGAGUGAGAUAACCACACAUCAAUUUUACACACCUGAAGUGGCGACUUCACCUCCAGAUUUUGUUGGCACCAUCGAAGGCUCAAACAAAUGUGCGAAAAACAAAAGAAACGUAUCGAUAUCGUGGAAGUUACCACCGCUUCAUUUGAGAAAGGGAAUUAUAAGAAGCAUCAUUUUAAAGUAUUACGUAACAAAGCAGCCUCAAGCUUCCGUGGUUGAAUUAACUCUUCCCAAUAUCACAAGAUAUACUGUGAAUAACUUGGAUUGCGAUAAAGGUUAUUCGUUUCAAGUACGUGCCUGUAUACAUGUCAACAGCAGCUGUAGCAACUUCAGUAAAAUUUAUUUUAUGCCAUAUGCUCUUCACGAUACACAGUUCUCCGAUUCAUCAUGGAAGUAUGCAUUGGAAGUAGGACUUGGUGUUGGGUGUGGGGUUAUUUUCCUCCUGUGUAUUUUAUUGAUUGUCUACUGUUGCUGCAAAAAAAGAAAACCUCCUUUGGAAGAGCUCCAAUUCCCCGGUGAAGAUUAUUGCGAUACAAACGAGGAAAACGAGAUGAGCCGUGUAAAUAAUUACUCAAUUCUUGGUUAGGAGUGAUGCUGCUGACUAUAAAGGAUCGUAUUUUCAAGCGUUGUUUCCAGAUUUCUGAUGCUCGUAUGUUCAGUCAGUACGCAUGCAUAUGAUAACCGAUGUAUAAGAAAAAAUGCUUGCAAAUGGAUGGAUGGAUGCACGAAUGGCGACCAACCGAUAUUAAAGCUAAUAUAAGGAUACCUCCAUGAAGUUGAAGGAUGUCAAAGCAUUGUGUGCAUAAAAUGAUAGAAUAAUUAAUUUGCAUGUGACUUUAAUAUGUUUUGCCUUAAGAAGUUGCAAUAUGCAGGCAGAAUGUUGCAAAAUCUUUUUUAUGCAAUAGUCUUAUUAAACAGCAAUGUUGUGACGUUUAAUGACAGUAUACGACUGUGACAUUGAGGGAUGUUAUAACCGUAUGCUGUCAACAGUAUAUUUAAAUGUCAUUUUACUUUCUCGUGACAAUUUUAUUUUCACGAAAGCGUUUGUUUCAAAGAACACAACUCAAGUGAUAACAGCUAAUUAACUAAAUUAACAACAUCUUCUGCAAGCACUUGUUUAGCGUGUGAUAAAAAAUGGGUACAAUAUACAGGAUUAAAUUCCUUUUUAUGAUAAAUAUUUUAGAGUACAACUGGUAAAGGUAACUAGAAGAUCCAGGUUGAGGUAUCAGUUAUUGUUCUAUAGUAUGGGUACUAUGUUUGUAGUCCUUUUUUUUUAGAAGAGAAAUGUUUCAGACCGCUACGAGAUUCAAGAUGAAGGUAUUAGUUUGUGUUUUUACUCUGAUCUUUUAGACCUACAACAGAUGGGAGCUCAACAUUUAUAAAGAUGGUUUGUUUUUUUGUUGAGCUGCUCGACGAUAAAGUGGUUUGUAAGAAUGUUAGCCAUGAACUGAAGUCAUUUAAGUUUGUCUUUUAGAUGCAAUCAACGAGGACAGCGGUUAGCGAUUGAGAACGUCGUUUUUUGGUACGUUUUCAACUGUUUGCUCGAGUGUUUGCAGAAGAUUUGUGAUUAUUGUUGAUACAUAGUCAACUUUUACUUUAUUUAUGUUGAACUUUGCACUUGGCAUUGGAGUAUGGGACCGUGGGACUGGGGUUGGCUUCCAUGAAAAUUUUAAAAUUGAAAAAUUGGGCUUUCAUUGUGAGUUGGUGAAAAAAUCCCGCCCUGGAAUGUUUGCCCCCGUAAUCUUAUGCUACUUAGAAGGGGUAAAAUUUUAUUUGAGAAUUGAAAACGACAACAAUUAACUAGUAGAAAUGAGUUUAUGUUCAUAACGCAGAAAUUUCUACAUUACAUUUAAAAAUAAGAUUACCACGAUAAUUUUCGAUUUUAAAGCGCUAAAAUACGCUUCAAUACGUUUCAGUAAAAUUAUUCUCACUGAAAUAGAGAGUUCCCUCCCUCUCUAAUUUAGUUGAAUAAUCGUACAUUAUCGUUCCAAAAUGGGCUUCUGCCACCUAUUUUGGAAUAGUGACAUUUAAAGUAUAAUUUUGUGGUAAUUUUAAGCAUUUUGAUAAAUUCUCUCAGUUCAGUCGAUUUUUGACAAGCCCGACAUUUCACCCAAAGAUAGUUAAUUCUGUUCAAAAGUGUGGAGAAAAGGGUAAAACAACACAAAAACAUACUUUGUGUGCGUCUGUGGGACAUUUAAUUUCCCUCGUUUUAGCUAAAGCCUUUGUAACUAAGUAUGUAUAAAUUUUCUUUCAUGGCUGGAACUUGAAGGAAAGAUGAUUGUGUACCCUUGUGGCGAAAGUUUGCCUGUUUUUUUUUCGUUAGUUACGGCCACUUGGCUUGAAGCAUCGUAAGUCAAUUUAAAAAAAAAUACAGUUGUGAAUUAGUACCGUAGCACUAAAUAUUACACAAUUUUUCUUUCAACUUUGCUUCAUGUUUUCCAAUCGUCAUUACAAUAGUCGUGUAACAUUGUCAUUCCGAUGUAUGGCGAGUUUCAUGAUUAAAGAAUACAUGUAAAAUAUUAUAACGAUAUAUAAUGCAAUAUUAUGAAUUAAUUAGUAUCAUAUCCUGUAAUACAUUGAACCAAUCGGUGUUGUUUUAUGAGCAUUCUGAUUGGUUAAAUAUGUUGUAGUUGCAAAUAUUAACUUAACAUGUUUACCACGCCACGAGUA